UUGUGUGGACGUGGGAGCAGUAACAGAGGGGCCAUUUUGAAUCGGUGGUCAAAGGAAAUGACUGGUGUGAAGCGCCUGGCAGCCAGAGCAGCCAGGUACCGCGGCCCUCCUGGGACUGCCUGAGGGUGUGAGUUCGCUUGAAGUAGGUCGAACUCCGGAUUAUGGCGGCUCUCAAAGGGGACAUUGAGAUUUCUGCAAACUGAUCAAUGUCAUACACCCCACUGGAUUUCUCUGAGACUCUUGCCCUAGAGGAUGGCCAAAGGGCUCCUGAUGACCUAUGCCCUUUGGGCUUUGGGGGGUCCUGUUGGACUCCACCACCUGUACCUGGGAAGGGACAGUCACGCCCUGCUCUGGAUGCUAACCCUGGGAGGUGGGGGAUUGGGCUGGCUCUGGGAAUUCUGGCAACUCCCCAGCUUUGUGGCUCAGGCCAAUAGAGCCCAGAGGUGGCAUCAGAGGCCUGAAGAGGAGAGACCGCCCCCGAGUCUCCUUCGCUUUGCUUCCCAGAUGGCAGUGGGUGUCUAUUUUGGUCUUGUGGCUCUGGUUAGCCUUUCUUCCAUGGCCAACUUCUAUAUAGUGGGCCUCCCACUGGCGGUCGGCUUAGGGGUCUUGCUGGUAGCUGCUGUUGGUAACCAGACCUCAGACUUUAAGAACACCUUAGGAGCGGCCUUCCUCAUUUCCCCUGCGUUCUAUGGCCGCCCCAUAGCCAUCCUGCCCAUCAGUUUAGCUGCCAGCAUUACAGCCCAGAAGCAUCGCCGAUACAAAGCCUCAGCGGGAUCAGAGACACUUAGUGUCCGGCUCUAUCGCGUGGCCUUGGCUUACUUUGCCUUCACAGGCCCACUGGCCUACAGCACCGUGUGUAACACAGCUGCCACCAUUAACUACGUGGCGGAAACCCUGGGUUCCUUCUUGAGUUGGUUCAGCUUUUUCCCACUUCUCGGCCGCCUUGUGGAGUCCAUCUUGCUCCUGCCUUGCCAGAUCUGGUGGCUACUGGUUGGGGAUCCUGGCUUCAACAGCAGCCAGUUCCAGGAUUGGGAAAAGCUCUAUGAAUUUGUCGACAGUUUUCAGGAUAAGAAACGUCAGCUGGCUCACCAGGUUCUGGGCGUUCCAGAAGGAGCAACCAGUGAGGAAAUACAUCGGAGUUACCGGGACCUGGUGAAGGUCUGGCACCCAGACCACAACCGCCACCAGACGGAGGAGGCCCAGAGACACUUCCUGGAGAUCCAGGCCGCAUAUGAAGUCUUGAGUCAGCCCAAGAAGCCCAGAGCAUCGUGGAGGUGAAAAGCAGGCCCUCGAGGAUGGGCUCAGUCUUGUCAGCACCAUCCUCAAAACCCGCUCGUAGCAGAGGCGAGGAAAACCUCGAGGGGAUGAGAAGGGUAGA